AUGUCAUCAGGAGGAAAAGGAAAAGCAGGAAAAGGAGGAAAGGCAGCAGGAGCUCAUAAAUCAGUAUCUAGAUCACAUAAAGCUGGUUUAUAAUUCCCAGUUGGAAGAGUGUCAAGAUAUUUGAAAUAAGGAAGAUAUACAGAAAGAGUUGGUGCUGGUGCUCCAGUUUAUUUAUCAGCUNUAAAGUAAGAUGAAAUAUUAAAUAGACAAUAAUUACACUUUUACAUUAGAAAUUGUUCAGAAUUUUUGUUUACCCAUGACUUAAGAUUUAUUUGUUAAAAAAAUACAGUAGAUAAGAUAUAAUUUUAGGGGCAUUUAUUAGUUUGA